AUGGCCUUCUUCCUCCCGUGCUUGGCCGUGCUUGUGCUCGCUGUUCUCUCCUCCUACGUCACUCAACUCAUCACCGACGCUCAUCGGCAUCUUCCACCGGGGCCGUGGCCACUACGCCUCGGCGAGGCCGCGAUACAGGAGCUUUACGACUACGUGCGGGAAGCGAUGGCGCUGGUGAUGACGCCGAACGUCUCCGACCUGUUUCCGGCCGUAGCGGGAGCCGACCUCCAGGGCGUCCGGCGCAGGAUGGCGGCACUGGUGGCGCAUAUUUACCAGCUCAUUGACCUACAGAUCGAGGGCCGGAUGCGAGCGCGUGAAUUUGGCCGAGGCGAUGGGAGCAGCAAGGACAUGUUAGAUGCGAUGCUUGACAUGUCGGAGAAAGAUGACAACGGCGGCGUCACCAUCACCCUUUGCUGA